AUGAUUCCUGUGACAAUGGCUUCAUCUACUGCAAGGAAAGUAACAUCUAUCUAUCUAUCUAUCUAUCUAUCUAUCUAUCUAUCUAUCUAUCUAUCUAUCUCAGUUUAUUCUCUUCAUAUCUAUCUAUCUAUCUAUCUAUCUAUCUAUCUAUCUAUCUAUCUAUCUAAGUUCAGGUUAGACCAUAAUCCUUAUCCCAUGAUCUUCUUUUAUCUUUCUUUUCAGAAUCUUCCUUCUAUUUUCUUUCUUUCUUUCUUUUCAUAUCACAGAAUCUUACUUCUUUUCUCUUUCUUUGAUUUCCUUUCUUUCUUUCUUUCUUUUUUAUUCUCUUUCCUUAUUUCUAUCCUUUUCUUUCUUUAUUUCUUUCUUUUCAGAUCACGGAAUCUUCCAUCAUUUUUGUUAAUUCAUUAUUUUUCUUUCUUUUCCGAUCAUAGAAACUUCUUUCUUUCUUUCUUUCUUUCUUUCUUUCUUUCUUUCUUUCUUUCUUUCUUUCUUUUCCGACCGCAGAGUCUUCCUUCUUUUUCCUUCAUUUUUUCUUUUUUUACUUUCUUUCUUUUCAGAUCACAAAAUCUUUUUUAUCUUUCUUUUCAGAUCACUUCUUUCAUUCUUUCUUUCUUUCUUUCUUUCUUUCUUUCUUUCUUUCUUUUCAUAUCACAUAAUCUUUUAUCUUUUCAGAUAACAGAAUCUUUCUUUCUUUCCUCCUUCCUUCUUUUCAGAUCACUUCUUUCUUUCUUUCUUUCUUUCUUUCUUUCUUUCUUUCUUUCUUUCUUUCUAAUCCAGUGCUAUAGUCUUUCAUCGCAAUGUGAUUUGUAA